AUGCCAAUGCUCAAGGAACCGUCAAAGAAGUACAAGCCCUUCAAGGGACCGCAUUUGCCCAACCGGCAAUGGCCCAACAAGACCAUUGACAAGGCCCCUCGCUGGCUCUCCUCUUGUCUCCGCGAUGGCAACCAGAGUCUGCCUGAUCCAAUGAGCGGCGAGGAGAAAUGGCGCUACUUCAAGAUGUUGUGCGACCUCGGCUACAAGGAGAUCGAGGUCUCCUUCCCCUCCGCGUCCCAGACCGACUUCAACUUCACCCGCCGCCUGAUCGAAACCCCCGGGGCCGUACCCGGCGACGUAUUCCUCCAAGUCCUUUCCCCCUGCCGCCCCGAUCUCAUCCGGAGGACCGUCGAGGCGGUGCGCGGCGCGAAGAACGCCAUCAUCCAUAUCUACCUCGCCACGAGCGAGUGCUUCCGCCAAGUCGUCUUCGGCUACUCCGAAGAGCAGACCCUGGAGCUCGCCGUGGAAUGCACCAAGCUCGUCAGAUCCCUGACGAAGGAUAACCCCGAGGCUUCAGACACUCGAUGGCUGUUCGAAUUCUCGCCCGAGUGCUUCUCCGACACAAAUCCCGACUAUGCCGUCAGGGUAUGCCGCGCUGUAAAGGAUGCGUGGGGCCCUAAUGCCGAGGCCGGUGACCAAAUCAUCUUCAACCUGCCCGCUACUGUUGAGCUGGCGACACCCAACAUCUAUGCCGACUUGAUAGAAUCCUUUUGUAACAACAUCGGUGACAGGGAGAACGUAUGCGUGUCUCUGCAUCCUCACAACGAUCGUGGAACUAGUGUUGCUGCAGCAGAACUCGCCCAGAUGGCCGGAGCUGACCGUGUAGAGGGCUGUCUGUUUGGCAACGGCGAGAGGACGGGUAAUGUCGAUCUCGUCACCUUGGCUCUGAACCUUUACACGCAAGGUGUGAGCCCCAAUAUCGAUUUCUCCGAUCUGAACUCAGUCAUCGACAUGGUCGAAUCCUGCACCAAGAUCCCCGUCCACCAGCGUGCUCCCUACGGGGGCAGUCUCGUAUGCGCCGCGUUUUCGGGCAGCCACCAAGACGCAAUCAAGAAGGGCUUCCAGAACCGCAAGCGCCUGGGCCUUACCAGCGAGGACCCGUGGAACGACCCAUGGAACGGCAUGCCCUACCUGCCGCUGGACCCCCAGGAUAUCGGCCGCAACUACGAAGCCAUCAUCCGCGUCAACUCGCAGUCGGGAAAGGGCGGAAGCGCCUUCAUUCUGCAAUCGAAGAUGGAGCUCGAUCUCCCCCGCGGCCUGCAGGUCGCCUUCUCCGCCGUCGUCCAGAACCGUGCCGAAGAGCUCGGACGAGAGCUGCUGGCCACCGAGAUUACCGACCUCUUUGAGACGACGUAUUUCCUGGGCGAGAACCCCCACUUUAGCCUCGUUGAUUACAGCAUCACCCCCGACCGCUCGCAGUCUCCCCUGCCUACGACAGGUAAGACCCAAGACACGAAAGACCUGAUACGGAUCUUUGACGGUGUUAUCCUCGUGGACGGUAAAGAAGUGAAGCUGCGUGGUCGUGGGAAUGGUCCCAUUUCUAGCAUGGUGGCCGCCCUCAAGGAGAUCAACCUCGACCUUGACGUGAAUGACUACAAGGAGCACGCCAUCGGCGAGGGUCGAGGCGUCAAGGCCGCCUCGUAUAUCGAGUGCAAGCCUGCGGGCAGCAAGAAGACGGUGUGGGGUGUCGGUAUCCACGAGGACGUGGUGCAGAGCUCGCUCAUCGCCCUGCUGAGCGCGGCAAGCAACUUGAUCACGACCCAACCCAUCACCCUUAACCUGAAGUCCGCCGCUCCUCAAGGAACGCCUAAUUUCAUCUCCGUUUUGGAGGAGAAGGCAAACGGUAUGUAA